GAGAGAUAGACGUGUUAUAUAGGGCAGAGAGUGCCAGAGGAAACACAUAGCGGAAGUCCGGGGCAGUGGAAAUCCAACAUGGCGUCAGACUUCGGAGACCAACUCCCCGAUGAGGAAAAGGUGCGGAUUGCCUCAGAUUUCGUCUUACACUCUCCACCUGGCGAAUUCAAUGAAGUCUUCAAUGAUGUGCGAACUCUCGUCAACAAUGACACACUGCUUCGGGAAGGUGUUGCUCGGGCGAUUGCAGAAUACAAUAAAGACCAGCUGACCCCAGUGCGGUUGGAUGGACAGAAUCACUAUGCUCUUGUCACAGAACACAAUGACCUUGGCGGUGGUCGCUUCCUUGACCCUAGAGCAAAGCUCACUUUCAAGUUUGAUCACUUACGCAAGGAAGCGACAGAUAUGAAGGCGUGGGAGAGUGACCCAACCACAGAAAGCUGGAGGAGUGCAGUAGAGACACAAUUAAUGCAGUAUACCAAUGACCACUACCCCCACGGCGUGUGUGCUGUGUACGCCAGGGCACAGGGCUCGGCAGUAACACUAACCAUGUGCAUAGAAGAUCACCAAUUUCAACCUAAAAAUUAUUGGAAUGGGCGGUGGCGAUCAACGUGGACGGUGACUCUAGGAGGCGGCAGUGUGGAGUUAAAGGGGGUCCUAAAGGUUCAAGUUCACUAUUAUGAAGAUGGAAAUGUCCAGUUAGUCACAUCUAAAGAUGUCAAGGGUAAUCUAACUGUUGCUGGGGAGGAGGAAACUGCCCGAGAGCUAGUGCACUUCAUAGAGACGGCAGAAAAUGAAUACCAGACAGCCAUAAGCGAAAACUACCAAACUAUGUCGGACACGACCUUCAAGGCUCUACGUCGUCAGCUGCCUGUUACUCGUACCAAGAUUGACUGGAAUAAGAUAGUUUCAUAUUCUGUGGGAAAGGAGCUUAAGAAGCAAUAAUAGUUAAUGAUGGUACUAUGGAACAUUUUCAAAAUGAGCCUAUCUCUAUGUAAUGAUACAGGGAUAGUCUUAACAGUGCAUUUGGUAUUCAUAAUUCCCAUUGAUUUAUUGUCAGUUGUUGAAUACUUCAGAGUCAGAGCUUUAUUUUGUCCUUAAGCAUUAUUAAAAUUGGAGUUUAUUAUAAAUAUUAUUUAGUUGGCUAUAAUGUGUUGACUAAUGUGGUAUAUAUUGUUUAAAUUUGAUCAUUUUCCCCUUAAUUGGGUAAAAGUUGAGAUACUGCUUUUGGGCUUCUCUGGGGUGAACCAUGCCAAUAUUUCUGUGAAGUUGUGCACUGUUAUUGAAGGUUAAACACAUCUCUUGUUAAACUGUUGUGUAGAUUAUCAAAAACACACAGCAAGAGUCUGCCCUCAUCCAACACGGAACAUUGAGCUUAAUUAUUAUUCAGGAUUUAUGAAAUUUCAUAUUUUAUGAAAGAGAUGCUAGGUUACAUUUUCCAUUGCUUGUUAUAAAUAAAAAUAAGGUUCAUUUCUGGUCUCAGUGUUCCACCUUUGGUCAAUGUCUUCCUGUGCUCUGUUUUUGAUUGUUUACACAAGAAUCAAGCGCUAGGGGCAGCAGGCUUUCUUACAUUUGCCACAGACAAGGAAAGACUGGGCCAGUUAAGGAUGUGAAUGUCCUAUAGUCAUUGUUGCAAAGGUUGGUGUUUUUGUGGCACAAACUGAAACCAUUUUGCAAUUUGGUCCAUUAGAUGUGUUAAUGGUGUGAUGGCAGGGUGAGUGAGAGUUUGCUAGGGGGUAAAGUCUGUUCCUAAAAGAUGGCCUGCUUGCUAACUGCUGGCAGGGUGAGUGAGAGUUUGCUAGGGGGUAAAGUCUGUUCCUAAAAGAUGGCCUGCUUGCUAACUGCUUGAUGGUGUUGAUUAUAUAGUACAUAUUUAUCUAAUCAUUUACACUUACUGUUUAAGAGAUGAUUUUGAAAGUGCUACCUAUCAUGCCAAGUGCAUUGCAAGUAAAAAAAUGUUCUUUCAGGUUGCCUCUUUUGAGGUUAUUUCACUUGUCCUCUUGCACAUUAUUUUGGGUAAAGUUUGCCAAGAUGAACAGUAACAAGCCUAGAGAAAGCAUUUUCAAGAUUUGUUCUACUGAAACUAUUUUGAUUCCACUUUGUAUCAUGUAAUUGAUGUUUUUGUUAGCCAUCUGCUAGAAUUUAAUAGCAGUAAUAAAGCAUUGACAAUUUCAACUAGAUGAGGUAGUUAUACCACGUGGAAACCUUACGUGUAUUCCAUCAAACACGCAACAAGAAGUAAACAUCAGAACUCGUCCUUUGUUCUCUGAAGAGGAAUUGUGAACUUAAUGCCUCUUAAAUAACUUGUAAGAGUAUUACACACCUCAAUUAGGUGAACCCCACUGACUAAACAGGUGUAAGAUGUGAAUCAUAUACAAGUUGCUAAUAAGGAAAUGGUACAAUUUUCACAAUACUAAUUUGAAACAAUGUAGGGCUUCUUAAGUUUAUCUUCCCUGUUAAUUUUGUUGAGCUGAUCUUGUGAAGGAAUUAGUUCUUUUAUAUCAUUCUGUUUUUCUAUUGGCAUCCUGCAUGAUGUCUAGGAACUCUUGGAUUGUCUUGUAGUGUAGAGAGUGCCAUACAGCCAUUGUGGCCUGACCUCCUGCAUAUACAACUGUUUUCUAGGCUUGUCAUUGGUAAUCUUGUCAGCUAAGAGAAUUCCAAUAUUGUAAUGGCUGUCAUUGACUGGAGAAUGCUCUUGAUGCUUAUUUGAACACAAUUUUUCACUUUUGUCUUUGAACAGUUUCAUUGUGUAAAAUAUACAAAAACGUUAUCCCUGGUUGGAUCCUUUUCUAGUGAUUAUAAUUUUUGAAGGUUAUAUGGGUCUGUUUUAAAUAUUCCUUGGUGUUACUUUAUCAUUUUGGAAGGAUUUGUUUGAUAAUUGAUUGGUCUUGUUUUUCACCUACAUUGGAAACCAUUACCAAGGUGUUUCUUUUGUUGGUUUUCAUUACCUGUAUAAAGGAGCAAUAUAUAAA